CCUUCUUUCGCGAUUUGUUGGAUAGCAUUUGGGCAGUUUGGAAGUGACAAAUACACCAGAGAUUCGUUUAAAAUAAAUUCAGUCUAAUACUUCCCAUUAUCUACAAGAUGACCGACCAAGCACGUUGGAAAGCUACUGUGUAUGUUGGUGGUCUCUCCCACAUGGUUACCAUCGCAAAUCUCGAAGCCGCAUUUUUACCCUUUGGAGAAAUAGCAGAUGUCUCUAUACCCAAAGCAGAUGGGCCCAACUCAACAGAGCCACAUCGAGGUUUUGGAUAUGUAGAGUUUGAGGAUCCAGAAGAUACCAAAGAUGCCAUUGACAAUAUGGAUCAAUCUGAACUAUUUGGAAAGGUGAUUAAAGUCAAUGCGGCUAAACCUCCAAAGAAUACGAAUGAGGGAUUGGGAAGCAAGACGGCUUUAUGGGAGCAGGAGGGCUGGCUAGCAGAGAAUGCUGUGAGUGAGGAGGAUAAACUGGCAGCCGAACAAGCAAGAGCCGGAGUUCAGGAUAGACCUGACGAUCCUAUGCAAGGUCUAGAGGGAUUGGAUAUAGCUGGGCCUAAGCCAGCUUGAAGAAGGGCUAUGUUGUGCUCGUAGGCUACAGGUCAUGAAAUGUGUUACUAAGGAGUUCUCGGAGUAAAGCAAAAGGAGUUCA